UUAACGAUAGUAAAGUGAACCAAGUAAGAGAGUGAAGGAGAUCAUCAACAACAGUCACCUAAAGUUGUCUCUUAAUUCAACCUCUACUUCCUCUGUCUUCCCUUAUUAUACCUCAAAAAGCGUUGAAAUCAUGUCUAAUUCGGCCUGGACUGGUGCCAGACUUCACAUCAACGAGUCAGACUUGUUGUGUCGGACGGGAUGCGGUUACUAUGGCAACCCCGCUUGGGACGGCCACUGCUCCAAGUGUUAUAAGGAAAUGAUUCAGAAAACACAACAACGGAAGACUGUGUUUGACCCUACACAGAAGAUACGCAAUAAAGUGAGUCGUUCGGUGAGCGAUGUGUCAGAGCUGACCUCGACGGCGACCUCUUUGAUGAGCCGCAAGUUUGACCGUUUUGAGGAGAAGCGACGGCAACAGCUUGACAAGAAGACCAAAGCUGUCAAGUCUAUCUUUCGCAAGUCACAGAGUAAGGACCCCAGUAAAGGAGAGCACGUCAAACCCACGCGACAACACAGCAUUGAAUCUCAGAGCGUCGGCCAAGAGUUCAACGAAUUUCUCAAGACCCUAAGCAAGGACACCCAGAUUAGGGUCAGCAAGCAGAUCAACAGUUUCGUGGACAAGAUGUUACGUUGCGUGGAAUUCCAGUCGGUCGAUGAAUCAGGCGAACAGGUCCACGACUUUUACAACACCAUGAAUGAAAUGGUUACUCUGCCUGGAGCCUAUCAUGAGUUGACCCAAGAGGAGGUCGACAGGGUAAACGAACUGACGGAACGUUAUGUCACCACACGUCUCUACAAGGCUCUCAUAACCUUGGUCAACGCUGUCAACGAGGAGAAAGAUUUGGCCAUACAGAACAGAAUUCGCAGUUUGGCUUGGGUGAGCAGCCAGCACCUGGAGUGUGGGGUGAAGGAGACGAGCGAGGAAGUGAGGGAGUCGUUGGACCUCGUUAUCACCGAUUAUGUGUCCAACUCUACAGAACUGAUCGAGAUGAACAGCAAGCGAGUGCCGUCAGACAAACUAAAAUGCCUGGUGUCGUCAAGCCACCACGUGCUAAACCUACUGAAGCAGUCUAACGGCGGCUCUCCGGCCUCCGCGGAUGACUUCCUCCCGGCCCUAAUCUACUGCAUCUUACAGGCUAAUCCUCCUCUACUACACAGCAACAUUGCUUACAUCACCAACUUUGCCCAGCAGAGUAGUUUACAGAGCGGAGAAGCCGGGUAUUUCUUCACUAACUUGUGUUGUGCCGUGGCGUUCAUCGAGAAAAUGACGGCUGAUAGUCUGGGGUUGACGGCAGACGAAUUCGAGCGAUAUAUGUCUGGUGUAGCCCUGCCGCCUAAUGCCCUGGAGGGAGAUGCCUGGCUCUGUGAGGGUAUGAGGGUGAUGCAGCAAAACCUGAAGACCCUCGAUGACCUCCAAGUCAGGAUGGAUCGCCUAAUUACUGAGUCCGAUUCUCUGGUGCAGGAGAUGGAUGUGAUCCAGGAGAACAUGACCAAGGAAGUGACGGCCGUAAUUGAACGAACGCCUCUGACCAUCCGACCGCGGCGGGCUGACAUAGAUGAGGAGGUCCCAGCUUCUGAUCUCCUGCCACCUCCCCUCACCCCCCAGAUGAUGGCGGGCGGGAAACUACUGACCGUCGAGGCGAGCGGCACAGCGACCGGCGGUAGCGGCUAUCCCUCGCACCCCUCGACCGCUCCGCUCAGCCCGGAUAUCUUGGCCGCCCAGCAGAGUCUAUCGUUCCUACAGGGGCUGACUGACCUUGGCGCUGGUCUGACACUGGCACUAGACACAGGUGGUUCACAGGGCGUAGAGAACGUCAAGUAUCAAGAGAAUAAGUCCCUCCUUGACGACUCUCCUCCCUCCAAUAUGUCUUCCCUUCCCGAUCUGCUGGACUCCUUCGGUCCACUGGAGGGCAGCGGACCCGUCAGUCUGCCGUCCGUCGUCGACCCCUUCGUCCGGUCCGCCGGCUCUACUCCUCCUCCUCUGCCACCCAAACACUCGUCCGUUCCGCCGCCCCUCGUCGCCCGGAUCGGAGCGGGACCGGCCGUUCUCGAUCCGUCGCAGCCGCCCCCUCGGUCGUCGUACUCCGGAUUCACCAUCCAGGGAGGCAGGAUCCCCAACAUACCGUGCGACACCGGCCACCUCCCCCACUCCUUCUCCACGCCUCCGGACCCCCUCUCGCCCCCCCUGGAGGGCCCCCAGCCCCCCCUCCCGCCGCCCCUCAUCCCCACGGCCUCCGGGGCAGAAGGGGGCAGCAGCGGGGCAUCGUCUGAGGUGAGCACCCCCAGGCAACAGCUACAGAAGGAGGACACAAUAGACAAGGUGUACAGUGUGUUGGGUGACAUCGUCCAGACUUUCGACAGUCUUCUCUGAAUCUACGCAACAAACUCUUAAUUCGGUCCCUAUUUUAUAAUACUUUUGGCCUCGUGUGCUGAACUUACGUCGACUUUGAGGUUUUGUAUUGACCUUUAUGGUGUUCAUUAUAUAAGAGUCAAAUAAUUUAGAUUUAUACAUUGUUUGAUCUGUCUAUUGAGUUUUAAAUGGUGAUGGGGAAAUAUUAUCACACACACACACACACACACACACACACACACACACUCACACACACACACACUCACUCUACAGCUCCAAACAUCAUCUUGACUCUUAACCCCCAAACUGACGUCUCACAGAUAAACAAGAAUUAAUAAACGUAUCUUUGUGCCAUUUUCUCUAAUAGUACGGUUUAGGUACGAAGUUGGGAGAAAAUCUUUACAUGUUCUCAAUGAAAUUUAUUAGUAUGGAUGACACACAUGUGGUUUUAUUAUUAACGCUUGCCAAAGAUGAUUGCACGCCAGUUUAAGUUGUGGUGUGUGAUUGUAAAGGAUUGUAUAAAGAUGACCCUAGUUACUUUAUUUCACCUGGUGAUGAACUAUCCUUAUGCUAACCUAACUUAACCCCCCCCCCCCAAGGUGUUUGAUAACCAGGUGAAGUAAAUUUAAUGAGGUUAGUCUCAAAGUGAUCCUGUUAUACUAAAGCUAUUCCAAGUAAUAGGUCAUUAUACCCCUUGUACUGUAUAUAGGAGUUGUGUUUUUUUACAUAGCGUUUUUUAUCGUGUGUGUUCGGCGUUCCUCUCAAUAUUGCGUGAAUGCCCCGAGGUUGGUAGAGUUGGCCGAAAUAGGAAUUAUCGUCUGUGUUUACUUCUGCGUGCGUGAAUGUCAUAUUGCUUUGUGUGUCUCCAGUGUUUAGGAGCCCCGAUUUAUUUUCCACGUUAUGAUUCAACAUUUUAUUUCUUGCCUAACCUAACCCCAGAUUAUUUUUCACCUGAUAAUUAAGCACUGUAAACCUAACCUAACCCCAGUAUUCUUUACCUGGUGAUUAAACACACUAAUCCUGACCUAAUGUAACCCUAGUUUAUUUGACCCAUGUUCUUGUAGCAUUACUGUAGUGUGUAACCUAACCUAACCCAACCCAAGCUAACCUGACUUUUGUAUUUAGUUUUAAAAUGACCUGACCUAAUCUGUUUUUAAUUUAUAGUGACCUGACCUAACUUAACCUAACUUUCGUUCUUAGUUUAAAAUAACCAAACCUAACCUGAUCUGACCUGACCUGACAUUUAAUCUUAGUUUUCAAUGAUGUGACCUAGCAUUUAUCUUGACUUGUUAAAGGUCACGUGUGUUUCUGCUUUUCGUAUUGACGUUGAAUAUCUCACGAGUCGAGUAUUUUUACGUUAGAUUUUUAUGAAAUUUUUGUAAGCAUUUCAUUAGUCGUUUAAUCGUGCGGAUAAACGACUCACGGAUACUAUUGGUGAUUCGGAGUAUGAUGCACGUCUAGAGGUGUGGUUCGUAAAUCAUUCUUCUGGUUGUGUCCAUUUCACUAGCAAUAUAUUAACACUUAUUAUUUAUCACACUCUACAGAUCUAAUCAGACAGUAAUACAUUGGUACUCCUUUGUUGACCCUAUGACUAGUGUGUUAUUACUGUGAUGCUGUGACCAUUAAUCUUACCCUAAAUUGAUGCUAAGGUUUAAUAAAAGGUUUGGAAAUAUAACUUGGGAUAAUUUGUCUACAGUCAAAUGAUGUGUUAAAUUCAUGUUAAACCCAGCUAAACCUCUCGAACAAAUGCUUAAAGGAGAUUGAAAGUGAUUGGUUAACGCUCACAGGAUCAUGGUGACUCAUGGGUUCGUUUAUUUCACCAACCUAUGGCAUUAUGCUUAUUCCCGACUGUUAAAUAGGUCUCGAUUUUUUUUUUUUCCCGUACAUGAGUUUUGAAUAGUUCCUAUGGCUAGUGUUGGGGUCCUGAAGGAAUUGGAAUGUUUUCGUUUAUACGGACUUUUCCCGAGUUUACUAUGUCUGUAUUAUGUGAUUGGUUGGUUGAGAUGACGGUUAUUGCUGGUGGUCUAAGGGGUCUCUUUCUAGUCUCGUUGUUAUUAAUGUACAGUGAAACCUCCAUAUAAUGCGCUUCACAUCUCACGGAACCUUGAUAUAAUGGGCUUUCCUCUGUAUAUAGUCCGUUAAAUCGAGGUUUCACAUCUAAUGGACCCUUGAUAUAAUGGGCUUUCCUCUGUAUAUAGUCCGUUAAAUCGAGGUUUCACAUCUAAUGGACCCUCGAUAUAAUGGACUUUCCUCUAUAUAUAGUCCGUUAAAUCGAGGUUUCACUGUAAAAUAAAUGGCUAUAAAUAUCGGUGUAUUAUGAGGUAAAAAACUCUGGUUGUUGAGUCAAACUAGGAAGAAUGAGACAGCCAUAUUAAGUUAGGUGUGAAAGCAACUAUAUUUAGUGUAUUAAUUAAAGCUAUAUAAAUAUAUAUAACCAAAGAUAUAGAGUGGAUGAUUGUAUAGAAGAUUCACAACGUGUUAUUUAUUAACCUUAAUGCACCUCUAAUUAUCAUCUAGGUACGGGAGUUUUAUUACUAAAAAAAUAAAGAACUUAUAUCGACCUUGAGUUUAUUUUUUUAUCAUUGACAAUAGUUAGGAUGAUACCAUUCUUGAGGGUGACACUGUAUCACUACCACUACCAACAACACCACCACCACUAUCAUCGUUGAAUGUUAAUAACACGAUCUUAGUAGUGGUGACAUUGCAGAAAAGCACAGUACGGAUGUCCCUCAUUAAUGCUACAACUAAUGUACAGUACAGCACAGUACAGUAUAGUACAGUUCAGUACAGUACAGUAUAGUACAGUACAGAUGUCUCUCAUUAAUGUUACAACAUGUAAAUAAAUGUAUCUUUAACAGGGUGAGUUAAAAGUCAGUUAUAAUAGGAGAAAGUUAUUUAUUUCCUUGUUUACAACGACUGAUUUAACUGAGAACUCUUUACGUGAAUGUGUUGUGAUGUAGUCACUGAAGAGCGGCGACGUACAGUACAGUGUGUGUAAAAAAAGAAAAGUUUCCACUGAGAAGGUAUAUUAAUACACCCUGUACCUGGACCCUAGUGGCAGGAAUGUGGACUGAGGACCACCAUAUGUACGGUAAUAACACAGUAAAUAUAGUUUAUACCUUUAGAAUAACUCAAGAGGCACUAGAGUGUGAAGUAACAAGACGAUCUGUGACCAAGAGGAGAGAGUAAAAUAAACUUAACAAGACUUAA